AAUGCAGAGAUCACUAAAUUGUGUGGUUCCAAGUCUGGGACAGUUUUGUUUAUUUCACACAACAAGCAUGCCACUGCUAUUUGACCAGCAGAUGGCAGAAAAGGAGUAAAAGUAGUCUAAUUUAAUGAUGAAAACAAUCUACGCUGUAGAUCGGAGAGGCUGCUCACUGCAGAGCCAUGGGUGGAGCGUGAUGUCCAGCUCCCCCUCUCUGGACGUCCGGCCCCUUCUCUAGGUGUAAUUUGGGCGUAAUGGGUGGAGCAAGAAGGUCCAACCACACCCUAACUCUACCCAUGACUCUAUCCCUCCACCCAUUAGAUCCACAGAGGUGGAGAUGGACUAGGUCAAACUCAAACCAUGACGUCCAGAGAGGGAGAGCUUGACAUCAUUUGGCUCUGCUGUCAGCACCGCUUGGACCGGUACGUAACCACCAUUUCUGUGAAGCUCUUCACGUGAGAUAGGCUACUUUUAUCCCAGACCAGCUGUCCAUCCUUCCAUCGUUUCCAUAUUAUUAUUUUAAGGGAAAAGGCUUUAAAUAUUAUAAAGUAUUUUAAAAGAUUAGAAUGAUUCAAAAUUAUAACGCAAUCACAUGCUAUAAUGUAAAAAUAAAUGUAACGUGAAAGUUUGUUUUUACUGAAGUAAAGUCACCGAACAUAAAACACAGUUGCCUGCAAGCCUGUACAGUAGCCUUGCGAUAGUUGCAUUUAGAGGUGGGUCAUUUUUCUCUCGUGUAUGUCAUUGGGCAAAUGUUCAUGCACUGACCCACGCGCAUGAAGACACACCAGUGCACAGCUUACUGCCAGUAACGAUGCGAUCUCUCGCCCUGUGCUUCUCGUUUGCACUCCAGUGCUUCGUUCUCCAAAGCGCAUCAGAGUACUCUUCAAAAUCCGAGCUGGAAUACGAAUUUGGUGACUAUCGUGGCAAGUUCUGUAUGGACGAUCAAGGUUUUGUUUAUGGCAUCGGAGAAGUUUAUUAUCCGAGCUCCACAGCGUGUCCCUGCACCUGCACAGAAGAUGGACCCGUGUGUGUCAAACCCAAGUGCCCGCGGAUACACCCGAGAUGCACGCGCAUCAAAUACAAGUCGUGCUGUCCCGUGUGUGAAGCCGUCAGUAAAGUUUGCGUGUAUGGAGGAAAAACUUACAGAGUGCUGGAGGAAUUCAGGUUGUCACCCUGUGAGCGUUGCCGGUGUGAAGUCAACAGAGAAGUUUACUGCACCAUAUCCGGCUGUCCUGCCUUACAUUGUGUAAAUCCUGUAUACGAACCCAACCAUUGCUGUCCUGUGUGCAAAAGCGGGCCAAACUGCUUUGCUGGAAAUCGCGUGAUCUCAGCUGGAGAACGUGUUGAGAUUGAUGAGCAGACGGUGUGUUUCUGCACCUACCAGGAUGGAACGUGGCAGACGCACCCUCACGCUACCUGUGAGGAGCGCCAGCAAACAGACAAUGAAGCCACUGACUCCGACAACACAUCCAAACAGAUGGAGGAGCAGGAGAAGGAGAAAGAGAGAGUGUUCUCGCCCAGGCUGGAUGCCAUCCCAUGAAGGGAAGUGUGCCUGGCACCAGCUCUCCUGACAGGCAGGAGGGGAUGCAGAGCACAUGUAGUGUCUGUGCCCAGGGUAAACACAACCUGCACUGGGACAACUGCCAAUGCUGACCUCUUUAGCCAACCUCACCACCCCCGCCCACCCUGAACCAGAUUCGCAACCCUCUGAGUGAGAAGCAACAUGCAAUAGCAAUAUCAUAAUGUUCCAUAACUCUAUAUAUGUACACUACCAUUCCAAAGAUUGGGUUUCCACAAGCAAGCACAACUGUUUUCAACCUUGAUGAUAAUACGAAAUGUUUCAUGAGCACCAAAUCAAGAUGUUAGAAUGAUUUCUGAAGGAUCAUGUGACACUGAAUGAUGCUGAAAAUUCAGCUUUUAAAAAUACAUUUUAAAAUAGAAAACAGUUAUUGUAAAUUGUAAUAAUAUUUCACAACAUUACAGUUUUUACUGUAUUUGUGAUCAAAUAAAUGCAUGCUUGGUAAGACUUUCAAAAACAUUAAAAAGUCCUACCGGCCCCAAACUUUUGACCGGUAGUGUAUAUUACUGUAUAUCAUUUUGUCUACUUAUAAAGAUGCAGUUAUACAGCAUUACAUUUAAAUAUAUAGCAUUGUAUUUUUAAAAAAAUGAUCUCCCAUUUUUCCAUCUCAUUCAUGUUGUUGAAUUUUUGGUUGACUUCUAAAUGUUUUAUUCUAUGGCCAGUAUGAUGAGUUUAAGUAAUAAUUUCAGUGUUCAUUCUAACAGAUUUGACAAAAAGUCUUGCUGUAUUAGAUAUAACCAGUAAAAUUUAGUUCUCCAUGAAGACGAUUUGUUUAGAUGGGAAGUGGAGCAUGCAAUUGAAACACCCAUUUUCAAAGGGCUGGUCAAAUAGAAACAUAUAAUUUAUGUAUUAAAACACCUCAGGUUUGAGUAUUUUCUGCUUGUUUGAACAUCUGAAUCAUUGCAUCUUUGAUGUUUUGUUGAUUUUACCUCACUAAUUUACAAAAUGCAUGUAAACAUAAUGGCAACAUUGUAUUUAUGAAUUAAAAACAGAGGCAAUUUCUUUCUGUUUAAAUUAUGACAGUGUAAUUAUAUCUGAAAUUGUGAGUCAGGAUUCUUAAGCUGUAAUUUUACAUCCCAAAUAAUUAAUAUAUACACUGUAAAAAAUAAUUUUUCAAAGUUGUAAAUAAAACAAAGAUUAUUGGAGUACA